AUGGCUGCCCGCUUUCGUCUGAGGAAAGGCUCCCUGCUGUUUGUCUCCGUCUAUGCACCUACAUCCACUGCAACGGAUGAUAUUAUCAACAACUUCUACUCACAACUACAAGAUGUGAUCAAUUCAAACAAAAAGAACUGUAACACACUUGUUGUGGCUGGUGACUUCAAUGCCAAACUUGGAAACCAGCGCAUCCCUCUUGUCAUGGGACCCCAUGGCCAUGGUGACAGAAAUUCAAGAGGAGACAGACUUGUUGAUUUCUGCAUGGUUAACAACCUCACUGCCGCACACUCCUGGUUCCCCAAGCGAUCUUCUCACAAGGUUACUUGGAUCAGCAGGGCAAGAAAUGCAAGAAACGCCAUUGAUCACAUCUUAAUUAGCACAGAAGCAAGGAACCACCUGACUGACUGCCGUUCCUACAGUGCUUGCUUUGAUACUGACCAUUGGUUAGUAAUCUGCAACCUGAAGUGGAAAUUCCGUCGUCAUGCUACUGCACGUGGACUACGACCUCAACAUCCAAACGUUGAAGCCCUGAAGUCGGAACAAUCGUCUGAAGUCUUUCGGCAGCUGGUUCGAUCCCGUGUUACUCAAGGUGACUCUCUUGAAGCUGUCGCAUGUGUCAUACACGAAGCAUCUCUCAAGACCUGUGGUACACAAAUAUCCCAGAAGAAACAGCCGUACCUGUCUGAAUUAACUCUUCAUCUGAUUCAGCGCAAGAGGAAGGCUGUAGGCACUCCAGAAUUCACAGCUCUGAGGAAUGAGGUCAAACAUGCAUGCCAGAAAGAUCUCAACGAAUGGUUGGUAACUAAUAUCAACACAUUGAACCAAGCAUACCAGAAUCACAAUUGCAGAGCUAUGUUCAAAACUACUGAUGUUCUCCUUCAGAAAACAUGUACGCCUGUGGUGAACAUCAAAGAUGCAAACGGUCUGGUAUUGGAGACAGCUGAAGAAGAAAUACAGCGUUGGCAUCAGUAUGCUGUAGACCUAUUUGAGUCAAAUCGGCCACGUCCACCCCAUCACACAACUGAGGUUGAAUGA